AUGUACAUAGCUAACGGUGCAACGGUGCCUGCCGCGCGGGCUCCUCUCCAACGCUUGAAACCUGCACAACACUCCUGCCCACUGCCAGACUCCACCAUGGCUCUACCACCCCAAUUUGCUACCCACCGAAUCGGAAGCCCGAGUGCGGCUCAUACGCUCGAGCUGUACCGUGAGUGUACUCCAGCUAUGGUCGUACGAAAUUCCCACUGCCGCUCUGACCCCCACAUGUCGUCAUCGCCGUCACGCCAUCACUCGCUGCUGACGCCGAUUAUCUCUCUCUUUCCCCCGACGGCACGAUCGCCAUGUGGAUGUAGUCGAUCUGAUCUGCCCCUUCUCUCAGAAACAACUCAAGGGCGUCAGGGAUCAUCUCAUCCCCAGGAUCGAGGCCGGCGAGCUUCCGCUGCAGAUUAUCCUUCGACAAGGUGAGGCAAGUUCGGGCGCAGAACGUGUCUAGUAGACCUCCGCUGAAAGCCAAGACAAUCUCCACCACAGUUCCACAGCCAUGGUAA